GGUAUACUGAAGUUAACUAAAGUGAAGGAAAAAAGCAGGGACGAUAGCAACCAGCAACCACGAUGAAGAACACUAGUUGUCUUCUUCUCGUCCUUUGCUUGACAUCUUUUAUAACAGCAAAACACCACCAUCAUAAGAAACUAGGUAUGAUGCUUAUCUUUCAUAGAUUGCUGGACAGUCCUGGUUUACACUAUCAAAGUUUUUCUGAUCAUUUGCAUCAAUGUUUGAGGGAACUAACUCGGUGUUUAACAUAAGUCAGUUUGCCAAAACAUUUCUUACAAAUCCUUCAAAGCUUGGAAUUUACCUAUGCAAAAUUCCCACUGUCAUGAUCACAGAAACUUUGAUAGUGUCAACCAGGCUUAUUAAGAGACCAUCUUAUCGGACACUUUAGUGCACUUUAAGACAUUUAAUAUUUCUAGGUUUGUUUGCGCUAUCAAAGUUCAGUUAUAAUUGUAUCAAAUUAACUUUGAUCACAAACGUUUAAUCAAAAGUCUAUAAAAGAUGUUUGCAGCUGUUUUUGACCAAGAACUUUUUCUCUGAUGAGUAAAAUAACUUGUCAGGGCAAUCCAGAAAUAUGUAUGCAUGCCUUUAACCAUACAUACACUCGUUAAUUAGUAGAUCUGUAAAGAGUAAUUAGUCAAAAUAUUUGAUAUUGGAAUAGCCUGAUUCGAAGACUAAGGGACAUGGUUUUGAAGUACAAAUUUACAUCAAAACGUUUCCCAAGCUAUAACUUAAGAUUGGUCAUCUUUUCUUAGGUCAUAAACACAGGCACAAAGUAAAACGUCAAGAGGAUUCCUACGAGAAUUACCAUGGGCAGAAUGAUCGUCCUGGAUCUGAUGGUAUUGACGAGAGCCAACCAGGUGAGUUUGAGUUUUUAUAUUUAUACUGGGUUGCUUUAUCAAUAUUCUCUCUAAAGGAAUCAUAUACAAUGUCCCAUUUCAUAUUUUUUCCCUCAUAAAUCUCUAGCUUGGUGCGAGGACAACAAAAUGUGCCCAAAUUUCCACAAAUCAGAUUGCAAAACCGAUCCUUGGGUGAUGGUCAAUUGUGCAAGAAAAUGUAACCUGUGUUUGAGUAAGUCUGAGUUGUGUUUUUAAAAAUAUAGAAUGGAUUAAAACGUUAUGUACACUAGACAGCUUUAUCAGUUCUAAACUGUGGUCCCUAUAUGGAUCAAUUACAGACAAUUCCUUAUUUACUACAGUAUAGUGUUGUACUAAACCACAAACGGGCCAAUUUCGGCUUGUCUUUUUUGCAGAAAAUGUUAAACCUAGACGCUUUAGUGCACUUUAAGACCUUUAAUUUAUAGAUAUUUCUGGGUUUGUUUCAAAGUUCAGAUACAAUUAAAUUAACUUUGACCACAGACUUUUAAUCAGAAGUCUAUAAAAUGAAUGUUAAGGGCUGUUUUGAUCAAGAACUUUCUCUGUGAAGAGUGAAAUCGUUAGGAACCAUCCAGAAAUAUGCCUGAGCCUCCCGUUUGGUUAAUAUAGAUCUGUAUAACUUUCACUAAUCAUAUUAUUUCAUGGUGGAAGCGGGUUAUUAAACGAAUAAAAGAAAUGGCUUUGAAGCACAAACUUGCAUCAAAAUUCGUCCCAAGCUGUAACUAAAGAUUGACUGUCGUCUUUUCUUAGGUGAUAAACAUAAAGUAAAACGUCAAACGAAUUCCUACGAGAAUUACCUUGCAACGACACCACAGGAAAGUUCAGUAACUGGACAAAAUGAUCAAUAUGGUACAGCACAAUAUAGCAGCCCUGGUUCUGAAGGCAUUGAUGAAAGCCAACCUGGUGAGUUUUUAUGUUUAUACUGGGUUGCUUCAUCAAUAUUCUCUCUAAAGGAAUCAUACAAUGUCUCAUUACAUCUUUUUCCCUCAUAAAUCUCUAGUUUGGUGUGAGGACAACAAAAUGUGCCCAAAUUUCCACAAAUCAGAUUGCAAAACCGAUCCUUGGGUGAUGGUCAAUUGUGCAAAAAAAUGUAACCUGUGUUUGAGUAAGUCUGAGCUGUGUUUUUGAUGAUGUAAAAUUGAUCUAUCAGUUCUCCCUUGCGUCAAGUACAGACAAUUCCUUAUUUAUACUGUUGUACUAAACCACAAACCCAAGUUAAUUCUGACUUGUCUUUUUUACAGAAAAUGCUGCAUCUGCAGGUCAAACUUCAACAACUCAACAAAAUCCCAAGAGUCAAACUAACGCUGCUGCAAGCCAAGCGACAUCUAGCACAACACAGUCGUCAACUGCUGGAAGUCAGACUGCUGCUGCCAUUAACCAAUCAGAUGCCGCAUACAGCCAAACCACUACAUAUCCCAGCCAAUCAAGUGCGGAUAACAGUCAGUCUAAUGCUUCUGUAAGCCAAUCAAAUGUUUACGGAAGUCAAGCAAGUGGUAACACUAACCAAUCGAGUACUGCAUCCCAACAAACCACUACUCAGAGUCAAGCAGAUACUCAGUCGAGCCAAUCUAACGCUUACGGAAGUCAAGUGAGCACUAGCCAGCAAAAUACUGCAAACAGGGAAACGACCCAGAACCCCAGCCAAUCGUAUGCGGAGCAAAGUCAGACUACGGCUAAACCAGACCAAUCCACCCCAGCUACGAAUCCAGUAUUAGAUAAAGACUCUAAGCAACCUUCAAAUCCAGCAGCAACCACAACAUCGACUCAAAACCAAGCAACAUACCCUAGCAGUUCAUCCUAUUCUUCACCUAAUGAUGAACUCCAAGUUGCCAAAGGAACAAAUCCUCAAGCCACCACAAACUCUGCAAAUUCUCCAGCUAUUCCAUCAACCAAUGAUGCAACUGCUGAUAGUUCUAAGCAAACUGCAGCUGGUCCAAGUCAAAGUGCCAACCCGGCAGCCACUACACCCACAAGUCAGGCUAACACUGCUCAAGCCGACCAGACUAAGUCCAAAGAUGCCACGUACUCCGCUGACAGUGCUAAACAGACUACAGCAAAUCCAAGCCAGACUGACAACCCUUCAGCAACUACACCUUCUAGUCAGCCUAACACAGCUCAAGCCGACCAGAGUAAGUCGAAAUAUGCUUCGUACCCAACUGACAGCUCUAAACAAAUUACAGCAAAUCCAAGCCAGAAUGACAACCCGGCAAGUACUACACCCGCAAGUCAGGCUGACACAGCUCAAGCCGACCAGACUAAGUCAAAAGAUGCCACAUACUCAGCUGACAAUGCCAAACAAACCACGGCGAAUCCAAGUCAAGCUGACAGCCCGGCAAGUACUACACCUUCAAGCCAGACGAACACAGCUCAAGCCGACCAGACUAAGUCAAAAGAUGCCACAUACUCAACUGACAAUGCCAAACAAACCACGGCGAAUCCAAGUCAAGCUGACAGCCAGGCAAGUACUACACCUUCAAGCCAGACGAACACAGCUCAAGCCUCGUUUCAAGGAGAAUCGACAAACAUAAAGGAAUCUAACUAUGCAUCCUAUGCUCAAGAUUCAAAAGAAAGGCCGGCGUCAACUGAUACACCAUUGUAUGCUGAUAAUACUCAAUCUUAUUCCAACAGUCCUGAAUCUUCGUCACAAAAUUCCAACUCAAAAAGCUCGUCAUACUUUACAUCCUCAACCGAUCAAACCAAACCGAAUCCAGGAUCACAGUCCACCACCACCGACAACAAGUUGCAUUAUAGUUAUACGAUGCAAAUCGAGGAUCUCCCGCAGUCGAAACAAGUCAGCGGUGACAAUGAUGAGAGCAAGCAGCGAAAGAGACCGUUACUUGAUGAAGAAGAUAUUAAUAUUACUUUGCCCAAUGCGAACGAGAAAAAGAAGAGAUUGAAGGACUCCUCGAAAGAAAAAGAAAGUAAGUUGGUCAUAAAUUUUUUUCGCGUGAUAAAUUGUCCUGAAUGCGUGAUUCUCUACCUCUGUGUAGAAAAUCACGGAUUGCAGAUGCAGUUAGCACGCAGUUCCUUACUCCUGAGAUAAGCCUGGUACUGUAGGUGAAGGGUAGAGUAUUAUUAAUACCGUGCUUUGAUUUGGCGCGGAUGAGAAGUCAUGUUAGUAGAGCUCCGGUUCAUUCACUCCGUGAUUCGAGGGGUUUUUCUCUUACACGCAUAAAGAUCUCACGACUUGUUAACAACAAGUGUCGCAUUGUAUGUUCCCAGUUGUUACAAGUUGUUAUCAUCUUGGAACACGGUUAAUGAGGCCAAUAGACUCCUAACAAGUUGUUCCAACAAGUCUGAUAUCGUCUGCACGUAACAAGUUGUUAACCAGUUGACGACAACAAGCUCGUAGCAACUUUGUUACGAACACCUGUUAAUGUCUUGUUGGAACAGCUUGUAGCAAGUCUGCAAACAACGUUUAAUAGAUGUUUAUUAUUUUAAAACUAAUGUCGAAUCAUGUAUUUUCCCUUGAAGGUGAUUGGUGUAAAGAUGAGAAGAAAUGUUCUACAAUGAACGAAACAGAUUGCAGUAAAGACUGGAUGCAAUUGAACUGUCCAAAACGAUGUGGAAUAUGUGGAGGUAUGUAAGAUCUCUCUCAAUUUAAUAUUUUUUAAUUUACAGUAUAUAUUUAUGAUGCAAUCAUGGAGACAUGAUCUUUCGGUUAUAAAAAUAAUUAUAUUAUACCAAAGGUUCUUCGGAGACAACUUCUGCUAAACCUGAUCAGAAUGGAGGAGCCAGCGUGAUUGAACCAAAGGAGACGACUCACAAGGGAUAUGUGGAAGAUAUUCGGGUCACUUUACCGUCCGGACUGGUGGCUGGCGAAGGUAUAGGUAAUUAAUUCAUUAAUUCCGUCUAUCUAAUGCCUGGUAAUUAUGUUUGUUGAGAGAAAGGUGUUAAUGAGUGUUGCUUCUUUCAGAUUGCAAAGAUCAUGUGGAGUGUAUUGAAUAUCCAGUCUCAUCUUGUAAUAACCGAUGGAUGAAACAAAACUGUCGCAGUAAAUGCGCUCUCUGUGAAGGUGAGUUCUUUUGCAUUCUUGAUGGAUGAGAAACUUAACUGAGAUUGUACAAAUUGUAUAGUGAUAAUUUAGAGAAACAAUACUGAUAGAUCUUUUUCGUUUUACUCUCUGAUUUAGGUAAAAGUAAAACCUUGCCACAAACCAAAACUGAGGAAUAUACCUUGGGAAAAACUGAUGAUUCGUCUGGAGGUAAGAAACAUCAUAAUUACUCUUGGCAGGUUUCAUUAACUGUUUCUCUUACAUUAAAGCUGGAUAGCUCUAGCAGUUCUAAACGUGUCUCGUAAAAGGUCCAGUAAGGACCUACUCUUGUUGGUCUAGUAUUAAUAUUACUAUAGGAGGAAACCGGAGAAUUUGGAGAAAAUCUGGUGUAUAACUUGAAACUUGACGGGGUAAAACUUGUAUUUGAGAAGAAGUUAUAGUCAUACAACUCUGUACUGCAGGAAUCGAACGCCAUUUUCUGAAAAUAAAGGUACAUGAAAUGGUAGUGUGCCACUAAAAUCCAAGACACUAAAGUGAGAUCUUAUCUGAUAAACAUAUUUCUAUUUAGUAUGCUAUUAUGAUGGCAUUCCUCACGAGCAUGGUAGCAAGUGGUCACCAGGUCCUUGCUCCCCAGAAUGCACAUGUCAAAAUGGCAAUGUCCGCUGCACAGUGAUUCAAUGUCCCAAGCUCACUUGCAGUAAACAAGUGAAGAAAAGAUGGAGGUGUUGUCCUGAAUGCACAAAUGAAGGUAGUUGUUCAUUGGAGAUUUUUAUAUUUUCGAAUUAGAAAAAGAACUGACUCAACGAUAGCGGGAUUUGUUUAUCCAGGACAGAAGAUGCUAAUCUUUUAUUGUCUUUCAUUGUUCGUCUUAAGCCAGUUUUCCACUAGGCGGAAUUUUGCUCGCGGAGCGGAAUUUUUCCUUGUCUUGGAUUUCUCGGGUGGAACUAAUUAGAAAAGACAAAGAAAAAUUCCGCUCCGCGCGCAAGAUUCCGCCUAGUGGAAAACCGGCUUUAGGCCGUUUAAGUAGGAGCCGGACAAACAUCGUAUAUGUUUGGAUGAGACCGACUCGAAAAUCGUUUUAGUUUACUUCACGUAUUUAAAAAAUUCAGCCAAUGACCAAUGUUGUUAAUCUGCCCUGUUGUUGCGUAUUAUCAGCAUUAUUCCAAAAUUCAUUCCGCUCCAAAAUCGUUCCGGCCUGGAAGAUCUCAGUACGACAGUCCAUUUCGCCCGGGCUUACUGAAACUAAGUGAUAUUACGUCUCGUAGAUGUUUAUAAUAUCAUACCAAAUUUUGAUCUGGAGAGAAAAUGGGGCGAUUGCGUUGGUAUGUGAGAAUAUUUGAAGAGAGACGAGCAUUAGAAAACAAACAAAGACAACAAAACGGCCGAAAUUCACGAUUAUAAUAACGAAGAAGUAAAAAAACAAAACAACAGAAACAACACGUGUCACAGCUGUAAAAAAACAACAACGGCAAAAACAAAAAUAUUUAAUACAAUGUUACGAAGCACAACAACAACAGCAAUAUCAACAGCAACGACGACCACAGCAACAGCGAUAACCACGACCACGACAAAAAUGACAACGUGAACAAGAACAACAAUGUCAACAAUGAUGAUAGCAACAACAUCAACAACAACAACAACGAUCAAAACAACAUCAGCAACAACGACAACAACGACGACGACAACAACAACAACACAACAACAACAACAACAACAACAACAUCAGCAACAACGACGACGACAACAACCACAACAACAACAACAACAGCAACAGCAACAGCAACAGCAACAGCAACAGCAACAACAACAACAACAACAACAACAACAACAACGACAAAACAACAUCAGCAACAACGACGACAACAGCGACAACAACAACAACAACAACAACAACAACAACAACAACAACAACAACAACAACAACAACAACAACAACAACAACAACAACAACAACAACAACAACAACAACAACAACAACAACAACAACAACAACAACAACACAACAGCAACAGCAACAGCAACAACAACAACAACAACAGCAACAACAGCAACAACAACAACAACAACAACAACAACAACAACAACAACAACAACAACAACAACAACAACAACAACAACUGCUACACCAAAAUAAAUGGUUGGGAAGAUGACGUUGCGACCAAACUGACAGAACGUAUAUUAGCGCUUUUAGAACAAGAAGUGUUCGUCGUCAACCAGUUUUAAUUAAGCAAGAUGGAAGGGAAUAACCUAUUCUUAGAUUUGUAAUUUUCGUAUAUUUCUUCUGUAGAGCCAAAACCAGUCACAACAAAAAUCGUACAUUAUAUUACGAAGAAACCCAAGAAGAAAGCACACAAACACCACACGAAACAAUACCAUCCAACAACGCAUGACAAACACAAGAAACAGCCCAAGACCUUCCUCAAAACUGGACAGGAAACACAGAAUGCUUAUCAAGAGAAUUCACAUGUUGUUUCCAUGCCGUUUGCAAACGUGAGCAAAUCACAGGAGGAAAUCGAGGCUGAAGAAGAGGAGAUCUUGAGAAAAUAUGGAGGUAAAGAUUCUGAGGAGGAAAACGAUACUGAACCAGGUAAGACUAUCAUUUCUUUACGUUUUCUGUAUCUUUCCAGGCUGUUUACGUUGUAUACAGGACACACAAUUUAUUGCUAUAAAACCUCCUCGGUCGUUAAAAAAUCCUGUUCUAUUUACGAAGGAUAGAUAGAUAGUUAGAUAGAUAGAUAGAAAACUUUAUUUAGCCACGCCAUAGUUAAUAUAUAUGACAUGGUUUGGAAACCCUUUGUUUUAGGUGAUUGUGUACCUUGUGCAGGGUCACGGUUGAAAAAUCCUUUGUCUUUCUACUGUUUGACAAUAGUCAGUUCAGAAAGCUUGGCGAAGGGAAUGGGUACCAAAUAUUUGUUUUGCCUACCAGGGCUAUAUCGCAAAUAACGAAGUAUUACCACCAUUUUUCGAUGGAGAAUGUUUGUGUUACAUCGUUUGGUCAAUUCUCAUUGAUUAAAACCAAUAUGUGCAGGGUCAAACUGACUGUUCAACCUCCAUGUUUGUUUAUAGCGUAAUUUCUUUGAAGUUUGCCGGGUUUCCUAACCAGGUCUUAUAACAACCAUGCCCAGGCUAUCAAUCGAAGCUGAUUUCCAUAGGGGGCGUAUCAUAAGAAAAAUUACAGUAGUAUAAGCGAAAUAUUACAUAAAUAGUUAUAAAUAUGAGGUAUAGUAACAAGAAGUACAAAUUAGCUAGAUAGUAGGAAUGGUAGAAUAAUUAUUUACAAGUAGUAGAACAAGUAGUCUUAGAAAAUAUGAGCAGCAAUUUUCUUUUGAAAGCUUGACAGGGAUUGGCUUUCCCUGAUUUCAUUUGGAAUAGAGUUCCAUAGUUUAGCACCAUCAUACAUGAAACUAUUUUUCAUGCUAUUGGUGCGUGGUUCAGUCUAUUGAUGAAAACAGUUUAGGGGGAAAAUAAAGGACGUUUUUAAGAGAACGAAGGAAUUCUAUUUGGAAGUAAGCAACAUAGUUAGGUAUGCACAAUUGUAGUAUGUCCUGCACAGAAAGUUACAACUCUCUCCUGAUUUUUCCACUGUUACCAAUUGUUAAAUUUGCACUAUAUUUAUUGUGGGGUUGACAUCCUUCGUUUCGCAACUUUUGAGGAAUUUUUACAAAGAUUCAAAAAAGUCACUAUCGGGCGUUAGUGCUAUCUAACAGAUGAUUUAUCUAACAGAUGAUUUACGAUAUUAUAAUUUUGAUAAUUUAUCGUUUUCAGAAGCGUUGGAUGGCGGUUACACUGAAUGGUCAGCGUGGAGCAAGUGUCUUGCGUUGUGUGGCGGUGGGGUACAGGAACGAUUUAGAAAGUGUUCACGCCCUCCUCCCGCUUUUGGUGGUCUGGACUGUCGCCAUAUUGGACCUGCGCUCGAGUCACGUGAAUGUAAUAAUGCCCCAUGCCCAGGUAAGAGUGUAUAAUUGAACCUGUGUUAAGCGGUCACUCGCUGUGAUUUUGCAAGUGACGGGCAGGUCUAGUUAAAUUUUUGUCGACAAAGUGGACUUCGGAUUGCAAAUUACCAGUAACCGAAGUUCAAGUUAUGAUAUUUUAAUUUGGGCUAGUAUUCCAAAGGUCGUAGGUUCGAUUCCCACCGUGGCCGGGCAUAUUUUUCAAGCUCGCCCGGUGUGGAUAUCCACUCACUCAGAGUAACAUCACAAACAUCAUAUUCACCUGAGUACACAACACCAACACAGAAAAAAUCAUAUUACUAGAUUACAUUGGUAUCGAAGGAACUAGAUUCUGUUCCGAAAUAUCACUUACUCGAACCGACCUGACCGCGUAGCUCAGUUGGCAGAGCAUUGGGCUAGUAUUCCAAAGGUCGUAGGUUCGAUUCCCACCGUGGUCGGGUAUAUUUUUCAAGCUCGUCCGGUGUGGAUAUACACUCAGAGUAACAUCACAAACAUCAUAUUCACCCGAGUACACAACGCCAAUACCAACACCAACACAGAAACAAACAAUUGAGUUGUUAACUUAAAUUAAUGUAAGCUGUCAAAUUUUAGCUUAUAGAAGGUGACCGCUUCCAAAUUAAUUGUUAGUACAAGCUCAACAAACUUUUGUUUCAUUUCUCUAGUUCACGGCAGGUAUAGCGGCUGGAGUGCUUGGCCCGAAUGUAGCUCAAGUUGUGGUGGUGGCGUCACGACUCGAUCGCGCGUGUGCGAUAAUCCUUCACCCAAAUAUGGUGGCAAAGAUUGCAGCGCAGGAGAUCGUGGAGACAGCUUUUUCAAUCACGGCGAGGAAUAUUGGGAGGGCACCAUGUUCAUGUUCUCUUCAGUCGUCCCACUGGAUACGAACGGUCAUAUGAACAGAAAAAUAACCUCUCCUACUUAGGUUACUCCCUAAGGCAAUUGGGCUGGUAUGAACGGGUUCAUUUCAAACUGAAUACUUUUAAAGUGAGUUCCAUUAUAGGGGUAACAUUUUUCUUCCAGGCGCAGAUUUGUUCACCCCAUGGUCUGAAUGGACCGAGUGUGACAAAAAAUGCGGGGGUGGUGUCAGCUUCAGGAAAAGGACUUGUACCAGUCCUCUACCAAAUGGAAACGGUUAUGAUUGCAGCUUACGUGGUUCUGUCACUCAGACGAGGAAAUGUAGCAUGGAACCAUGUGCAAGUAAGAUUUGUCAAAACCUCACUAAGCUAACUUUAAUUAUUUAUGCUGGAUAGUCUAAGGGCCAUAUAAUUGGUACAAUGUUACUGCAGGAAGUUGCUAACUUUAGUUAUACAAUGGUAGUAACUUUAGUUAUACUGGAUUCAAACUGUUUUCUUUAAUGUUUUCUUCAACUUUUUUUUCUUUCUCUGAAGACGGUCCGAGUACAUGGGGCGAAAGCUUAGAAUUAAAUUAAUUAAAUACAUGGUGUAACCACUAAUUGUUUCUUAUUUUUGGAUUCAAACUGUUCUAAACUGUUUUCCUAGAGAUGCAACUACUUAAAAAAUAUAAGGAGAGUUGCAUCUCUACCAACGAAAGCUUGUUCAUGCUAUUGGCACUAGACUUCAAGUCAAUAUUUUAAUAUUUACCUAUUAGUCAACGGAGGUUACACACCAUGGACUGAAUGGUCAACUUGUUCCCGGAGUUGCGGUCCUGGGAUCACUUCUCGGCAUCGAACUUGUACCCAACCCGUACCAUCGGCGAAUGGUAAAGAUUGUUCAGUCGUCGGAGAAGCUUUCCAACAGAAAGUGUGCUUCUUGAAAGAUUGCAAAGGUACAAUGAAUUUGAGGAAUUGAUUUUAGAACUAACGAGCUAACAUACUAAUGAACUAGCUAAUUAACUAACUAACAAAUUAACCAGUUAACUAAUUAACAAAUUAACUGACCUGAUAAUUACUACCUAACUAGCUAACUAACUUACCUACGGACGAACAAACCAGCUAAUUACCUAGCUGACUAACUUACAAAUCAUCUACGUACCUACUUAAUUAACUAGAUAACUAAUUAGUAACUUACCAACCAGCUUGCCAAUUAACUAACUAACUACGUACUAAUUAACUACCUACCUACCUACCUAACUGAUUAACUAACCAACAUGAAUUAACUACCUAGUUAACUAAUUAACUUAGUUGACUAACUUACAAACCAUUUACCUACCUACUUAAUUAACUAAGUAACUUACCAGCCAGCUUGCCAAUUAAUUACAGUAACUAAUUGAUUCGGUAAGUGACUAUCCAAUUCACAUUACAGCCAACGAUACGUCUGUCUUGCUGCUCUACUACGAUCUAAUAGCAGUUAUUUCACUUAUGUUCCAGGUUCAGGUCGAUGGACUGAUUGGUCAGGCUGGAAUAAAUGUACCGUGUCGUGUGGGGGUGGUUUACAAUCUCGUACUAGGAAAUGUGUUGGCAAGACAAAAUGUGAAGGAAAUGACCGCCAGAGUCAACUAUGUAACGCAUAUCAUUGUCCAAGUAUGUGGUUUUCUAUCUUCAUUAUAUGAUGUGCACUAUCAAGUAUAUGUUACGAAAGUGCAAACACAUUGCGUGAUCGGGCUUUUAGGAGAAAAUUGUGUUGAAUUGUUGUGUUUAAUCAAACCCUUUGAUCAAUAAGAUUGUUUUGAAUAAUUGGCAUCGUCCUGAACCACUUUAUUUCACUGCAUUGUUCACAUCAAGUGAACUGUUAGGGAGAGCUCAAGUUUUAAUUCAAAUCUAAAGCCUUGUCAAACAAGAAUAUAGUUGAUGAUAAUUGGAAGUCCCGAAUUGUUACAAGGCAUGUUUCAAGCACUAGAUUAACAAAAAAAUUCUUACAUUCACAUCAUUUCUCUCUCUAGUUAACGGCAAAUUCACAGAAUGGUCAUCCUGGUCUGCUUGCUCCAAGUCCUGUGGCGAGGGCAAGUCGACAAGAAGCAGGAAGUGCGAGAGUCCUUCGCCCAAAUUUGGUGGAAAAUCUUGUACCGUGCAAGGACUGGGCCCUAGUGAAGAACAGCAAAAGUGCAACGUCAGAGAUUGCCAAGGUUUGCAUUGUAACUGAAGACUAGAUUUACCUUUAUUGACACGUAUGCUUAACAACGUAUCGGAGAGUAACCAAUCAUUUCUCUUCAUAGUGUCAAGUGACGGUGGAUACAGCCAAUGGACUGCAUGGACCCAGUGUUCUAUGACCUGUGGAGCUGGAACAAUGUCCCGUUACCGAACCUGCGAUAACCCACGUCAGCAGGGUACUGGCAAGGAUUGCACAAAACUUGGUGUUGCCGCACAAAGUAUUCCGUGCUUCACUAUGGAUUGCCCCAGUAAGUAG